AUGUUCUCUGCCAUGCUGAUGGACGCCUACCGCGACGAACGCCCCGGGAUCCGCAUCGCCUACAGGGCGGACAGUCACCUCCUGAAUCAACGGCGGAUGCACUUCCAAUCGCGCGUAUCCACAACCACCGUUCACGAACUCCUCUUCGCCGACGACUGCUCCCUGAACACCACCUUGGAAGAGAAGAUGCAAUGGAGCAUGGACCUGUUCUCCGCCGCCUGCGAGAACUUCGGUCUUGUCAUUAGCACGCAGAAAACGGUGGUGAUGCACCAACCGCCACCCAACUCAGCCACAGCCCCCAACGCGCCGCCGCAAAUCAGCGUAAAGGGAACCCAACUGCAAGUGGUGGAAAACUUCCUCUACGUGUGCAGUACUCUCUCCCGCAACACCAAGAUCGACGACGAAGUCGCCAACAGGAUCUCGAAAGCCAGUCAAGUCUUCGGGCACCUCCAAAGCACAGUUUGGAAUCGCCACGGUCUUCAGCUGAGCAGGAAGCUGAAGAUUUACAAGGCCGUCAUCCUGCCGACACUUCUGUAUGGAGCGGAGACUUGGACGGUGUACGCAAAGCAGGCACGUCGUCUGAACCACUUCCACCUCUGUUGUCUUCGUCGCAUCCUGAGGCUGAACUGGCAGGAUCGAAUCCCCGACACUGGUGUGCUGGAACGGACGGGAAUCCUCAGCAUCUACUCCAUACUGAGGCAAAUUCAGAUGCGCUGGAACGGCCACCUGGUGCGCAUGGACGACGAGCGAUUACCUAAACGACUCUUCUACGGAGACGUCGCGACGGGUUCUCGCCGUCAAGGAGGCCAGAUUCGCCGUUACAAGGAUACCCUGAAGUCCUCCCUGAAAUGCCUGCAAAUCAACCCCACCAACUGGGAGGAGCUCGCACUCGAUCGACCGACCUGGAGGAGGACAGUAAAGACAGGCGCUGCGAUAUACGAAACCAACCGCAUUGCUGCCGCCAAAGCGAAACGUGAAGCCCACAAAUCCCAACUUCGCCCAGUAUGCAACGCCGCCGCACAACAGCUUCCAACGUGUUCUCGAUGGUAA